CCUAGCUUCUUCAAUGAUGAUCGGAGCCGCUGGGGGGGCUGUAAGGACAUCAUCCUCAUCAACUGCAGCUUCCUCCAUCAUCCACUUUCGCGCUGCUGUCAACGCCGCUACUUCCAUCAGAACAUUUUACUCGAGUAUCUCCCGACACUGAGGGAAGAGCUGAAUGAUCUUCAGAAUCCAUUAUGCCCAAGAGCUUCACAAAGUAGCAGCCUCUAUCCUGCUGGUCCUUCAGAUCCUCAGAAACCCUAUUAUAUUGCCCAUCACAUAGGCCGUUUACACUGCUGUUAUGGCAACAUCGCCUGUGCCAAAUUCUUACCGUCUUCAAUCAGUUCACAAAGUAGCAGCCUCUAUCCCACUUAUCCUUCAAAUCCUCAGCAUCAACGGAUGAUCCCCCAGCAUGUCCAUCAGUCAGCGUGGGACGAGAAGAUACAGGAGAUUGACUUGGAAAUAAGGGAAGAUCGAGGGCGUAUCAACUUCCUGACCGGCCUUGUUAAGAAGGAGGAGCUUGGCUUUUUUGGACUGUCUGAUGAGUUAGAGGGUGAAACUCCUGAUGUGCGAGCUCUGAACCGCGGCCUGAACACCAUUCACAACAGGAUGAUGUUCUUACGGAGGAGGUAUGCUUGCCUCAUGAAGCUGAAGAAGGCAGAAACAGGAGAUGGGCGAUAUAUCCAGAAGAAGCUGAAGGCCUAUAAUGCUGAACUUGUGAUCAUCAUAAACCAGAUCGUCGACAAGGGUGGACUUUACUGCAUAACACCAGACAUCUUCUCGGAGGACAUUGUCCUGAUUGAUUGAUCGAUUAUCAAAAUUCUGUGAAAUUUGAAUGUUGAUAGUUCGGAGGACAAUUGCAACUCCAUGCUCUGCGUUUUUACCUUGGAAUGACUAUAAUCUCGCCGGAUAAACCUUUUUCUGUCUGGAUAGUACUUUAGACUGCUCGAGUAGACCUUAGGUUCUAGCUGAAUUUUGGCGUGCCGGCUUUUAGCAAGUUUUGAACUGCAGUGUUGUAUAUUGGUCUGGGGGUGUUGGCUGUGUGAUGAUUUUUCAGUGGAUGCUGGAUGUUGCUAUAUAGUAUAUCUUUUGAAUAACAGCUGUGGUAUUUGCAUC